AUGGAGCCACACUCAGGUCUGCCCUGGUGGCCCAGAGAUUUGCCGGCCAGGGGGAGUUUACGGAGGUUGGGUGGAGACGACACUGAGACACCAGCAGUUCCUGUGUGUGAGCCCGGCUACAUGGACUCGACACAGGGCCAUGCCUACAUCCGCAGCUGUGCUAGCCACUGCCCUGGCGGCCGGAACUAUGCAACAGAACAGUGCUCUUGUGCUUGCAUCGCCGGCUUGAUGGAGUCGACCAGGGACCACACGGUGUUAGCUACCACCACGCCUUCGCAAGUGGACAGCGGUGAACGGACCAUGCGAAUCAAGAUUUCUGGUCUACUUUCCAUGCUGGGAUUCCUCGCCAUUGUGGCGGUCUUCAUGAUCUGCGUGUUCUGCCCGCACCCUGCCAUCGAGGGCCGGGUUGCCCCCGAAGCAUUGCGCUAUGCCGACGGUGGUGCACCUGAAGCGAAACCAAGACUGAAGGAGGAUGCCUUCGCACUGCGCGUUGCGGCUGUAGCCACGGUCCCGGAAGCGACGGCAACCGUGGUCCCAAACUGCCGCCAAGGCUACAUCGAUGUUACCGGAGGAAAAGCUUUCCCAUGGACAUGCGCUUUUUACUGUGAAGGUGGUCAGAAUUUUGCCACUGCGAGCUGUCUGUGUGCCUGCCUUACCCAAGAGCAGAUAGACAGGCUCGGACUUUCACUGAAUGCCACGACGACCACGCCUGGUGUAGCAAGCGGUGGUGAAGUCCUGGUCACGCCGCCACCAGACACGGAGGGAAUCUGGUCCGACCCUGUGGAAGAAGUGCCGGUCGGAGAGCUGAAUGAAGGUCGCAGCGAACCGUUUGCACAAGGAGGGCCGGACCAUGACUACCUUGAUGAGAGUGCGAGCACCACGACCACAGAGCCCCCUCCUCCGACGGAGCCGCCGCCCUACACUGACUGGCAGACCAUCCUGCUUGUCUUGACUGGCACGUUCCUGAUCAUGGUUGCUGUAGGGAUGGUCGUGGCCUUCGCGCACCGGAAUGGCUUCCUUGGUGCUAUUCAGGUGGUAAAGACCAACAAGCUGGACACGCCCUGCCACGAGACGAACGAGACAAACGAGACGAACCACCAUCCCGCGGACAAAAGGCUCAGUCCUGACAAACUCUCGUGUCUUCGACGAGACAGUCUGCUCUCGGACACCUGCCCGAUGUCAGCGAAAGCCAUGGUGGCCAUGGACCACCUCGAUAAGCUGCGAAAUUCCGGGGAUGCAGCUGCGAAGCACGCGGCGAACUACCAUCUCGACUCCCUGAAGAUUGCGCGAACCAGGCCCGACGACACCGGCGGGUCGGACAGCGCCCAGAGGCGUCCUGUGGACAUGGAGUUGAUGAUGCAGCGGCGGAAGUCUGAUCCAGAACGGCCUCAGGAGCCACUGCCGCCGGUGCAGCGGCGGUUCUCUUGCCCCGAUCAGCUACAGGUGCCAUCAUCAUGCCAGAGAAGUAGCUCGAAGACGUCGAACGUCUCCGCACCCAGCGUGGUCUUAUUGGCUGACUCGGCGCAGCUGCAAAUGCUGAGGACGCCCAGCAAGGUGUCUGUUACUUCUAGCCGGUCCCUGCCGCAGCGACCGACGGAGCAAAUGGUGGAGGUGUCCAGGCGGCCAAGCACCGCCUCAGCGAACGCACCGCCGGUCUCCAGCUUGGCGAAAGACAGACUGACAUCCACAUGGAGAUCCUCCCAGGCUGCCGCGGCGAGCGGAGGACGCAGCCCAAGCAAUCGUGCAAGCAGCAGACACAGCCAGCAAAGCGCGUCCUCCGCGCAAGCGAAGCAAGCGAAGUUGCAGGCACCGGCGAGCCCGAGUCGCAGCCGCCUCGGCAGCAAAGCAUCUCAGGUCCAUCCCAUCAACAUGCUGUCCUAG